AUGGUUUUGAGGCGGGUAGUGGCAGCCGCGGCGGCCUUGUUCACAAGCCAAGUUCUCGCGCAAACCUAUACUUCGUGUAAUCCCCUUCAGACGACAUGCAAGGCGAACACCGCUCUUGGAAUGACAAUUGAUGUUGAUUUCACCCAAGGAGAGGUCAACUCCUUCUCCACAUCUGGCGGAACUCCUACGUACGGCUCAGACGGAGUCGUUUUCACCGUCGCCAAGUCGGGAGAUGCUCCUCAACUGAACUCGCUCUUCUACAUCAUGUUUGGCCGAGUCGAGUUUGAAUUGAAGGCUGCACCAGGCGCCGGCAUUGUCUCGUCCGUCGUCUUGCAAUCAGACUGCCUCGAUGAGAUUGACCUGGAGUGGUUAGGGGCCGACACUACGGAGGUGGCCACAAACUAUUUCGGCAAGGGCCAGGUCACGAACUACAACCGCGGCGAAUGGAAUCCGGCGGCAGGAAACCAAGACAGCUUCAUCAAGUACACCAUUGAUUGGACAAGCGAGCGAAUAGUAUGGAUGGUUGGAGACACUGCGGUCCGCACGCUCAACUACAAGGAUGCCGACGAGGGCCAGUAUCCCCAAACCCCCAUGCAGAUCAAAAUCGGCGCUUGGUCUGGUGGUGAUUCCAGCAACUCCGCUGGCACGAUCGAGUGGGCGCGCGGUCCGACCGACUAUACGAAGGGACCUUUCAGCAUGCAUAUGAAGAAUAUUCAGAUCACCGACUACAGCACAGGGAGCUCCUACAGCUACGGCGACCAUUCAGGAGACUGGGAAUCCAUCAAGUCCGAGGGCGGCAAAGUCAACGGCAAUCUGAAUGGUGCCGGGUCGUUGACGGUCACUGCCACCGCAGACUCGACCGCAACUGCGACCGUGCCAGUCGUCGGUCUCACCGGCACUGUCAGCGCAUCACUGCCCUCCGGAUGGAUCAUGACUUCCUCCGGCAAGGUGAGGCCGGCGUACUCUGCCUCCUCGGAAACUCUACGUCCCAGCAUGCUGCUUCUUGCUGGCCCUACGAUUUUUGCCAUUCUGGCUGCCUCUUUAGGUGACUGGCGGCGGCCUUGA